AGCUUUAGUUUAUGCAUGAGAUGAGAACUAACUACUAGCCUACAGCUUCGCAUUGGGAUUCUGAUUUAAUUUGAUUCCUCCAAUUUUCAACCCUCUCUAGUCCCCAGAUCUUAUACAACUGUAUCUCUCUCUCUCUCUCUCUCUCUCUCCUCUGUCGCACUCGCUUCCGGUAUCUUACCAAAAACGCGUGUGCGUGCAUCUGAACAGUAUCUGUGUACGUACAUAAUCUGUCUGAUUCAACUCUUCUCAUUCUCUGCUUUUAUCGUUUUCUCGCUCUUAGAUCUCUCCUACUCGCCGCUAAUCGCCGGAUCCGUACACUUACCUGCUACUGAAAAAGUUGACCUAGUUCCCCAAUCGCAGUCGAAGAGAGAGUGAUAGUCUAGAGAGACGAAGAGUCGUGACUAGGCUCGAUGGGCCAGUGCUACGGCAAGACCAUCCCCUCCGUCAUCGACGACGAUGAAGACCGCCCCACCUCCGCCGUCACCGAUCGCCCUCCCCCGACGCCGUCGAGAUCCGCCGUGAAACACACGCCGGCUCGAUCCUCCGCCGCGACAAGCCCGUGGCCUAGCCCGUACCCCCACGGCGGCGGCGCGAGCCCGUACCCUCACGGCGGGGCCUCGCCGUUGCCCGGAGGGGUUUCGCCGUCGCCGGGGCGGUCGACGCCGGGGAGGAAGUUCUUCAAGCGGCCGUUCCCGCCGCCGUCGCCGGCGAAGCACAUCAAGGCUUCUCUGGUGAGGAGGUUCGGCAAGGCAAAGCCGCCGCUGGAGGGGCCGAUACCGGAGGACGGGGCGACGGAAGGGGACGGCGAGGAUCAGUCGCUGGACAAGAACUUCGGGUACAACAAGAAUUUCGGGGCCAAGUAUGAUUUGGGGAAGGAGGUCGGGCGAGGGCAUUUCGGUCAUACUUGCCAAGCCAAGGGUAGGAAGGGGGACCUCAGGGACGUGCCCCUUGCUGUCAAGAUCAUCUCUAAAGCAAAGAUGACAACAGCAAUAUCUAUUGAAGAUGUUCGUAGAGAAGUCAAAAUAUUGAAAGCUUUAUCAGGGCAUAAGCAUCUGGUCAGAUUCUAUGAUGCAUGCGAGGAUACCAACAAUGUGUACAUAGUCAUGGAAUUGUGUGAAGGUGGAGAGUUACUUGAUAGAAUUUUGUCCAGAGGUGGUAGAUACACAGAAGAGGAUGCAAAAGUUAUUGUUUUGCAAAUCUUAAGUGUGGUUGCUUUUUGUCAUCUUCAAGGCGUUGUGCACCGUGACUUAAAGCCUGAGAAUUUCCUUUUCACCUCUCGGAAUGAAGAUGCUGAUAUGAAGCUUAUUGAUUUUGGUCUUUCUGACUUCAUAAGACCAGAAGAGCGACUGAAUGAUAUUGUUGGUAGUGCAUACUAUGUGGCACCAGAAGUCCUUCAUCGAUCUUAUAGUCUUGAAGCUGAUAUUUGGAGUAUUGGAGUUAUCACUUACAUCUUGUUAUGCGGAAGCAGACCAUUCUGGGCGAGAACAGAAUCAGGAAUUUUUCGUGCGGUACUUAGAGCUGACCCUAACUUUGAUGACCUACCUUGGCCUUCCGUGUCACCAGAAGCAAAAGAUUUUGUGAAAAGGCUGUUGAAUAAGGAUUACAGGAAGAGGAUGACUGCGGCACAAGCUCUGACUCACCCUUGGUUGCGGAGUGAAAAUCAUCUGGUUCCUUUAGAUAUAUUGAUCUAUAAGUUAGUCAAGUCAUACCUUCAUGCUUCACCUUUCAAACGUGCAGCCCUAAAGGCUCUUUCAAAAGCUUUAACAGAGGAUGAGUUGUGUUAUCUUAGAGCUCAAUUCAUGCUUUUGGAACCAAAUAAUGAUGGACGUGUCUCACUUGAUAAUUUCAAAAUGGCUCUCGUGCGAAAUGGAACUGAUGCAAUGACGGAGUCAAGGGUUCCUGAAAUUCUAAAUACGAUGACACCACUCUCCUACAGAAAGAUGGACUUUGAAGAGUUUUGUGCUGCUGCAAUUAGCACAUAUCAGCUAGAGGCUCUUGAAGGGUGGGAGCAGAUUGCAUCAACAGCUUUUGAGCAUUUUGAGCAGGAGGGCAACCGAGUUAUCUCGUUGGAGGAAUUGGCUCGGGAGUUAAAUGUUGGCCCAACAGCUCAUACUAUUCUAAGAGACUGGAUUCGAAGCUCCGACGGAAAGCUUAGUUUGCUUGGUUAUACCAAAUUUUUGCAUGGCGUGACACUUCGGAGCGCAAAUACGAGACAUCGUUAGUUCUAUUUUUUAGCAUUUUCGAAAACGAUAGCAAUUACAGAUUCAUGGCAUUCAAAGGUUCAAAUUCUCUUUAUUUUCUUUUUCCCUUUAGGGGUUGGUGAUAUAAAAUUGUGUACAAAAGAAUAUAGAAGUUGAGUCAGCUUAGAGCCCGGAGAGGAAAAAUUAUUGUUGAAGAUUUUUUUUCCAUGUUCGUUUUGCA